CAAAAGUUGGUUUUGCCAACAUUCAGCUGCACUUUUCUCGAUGGUGCGCGAGUCCCAAGUACGACCAUUCGUAGAAAUUACAACACCCAAAUGGCUUUACACCGUCCCACAUCGUCUAAAACGCGAUCGCAAGUCUACAGUCACUACUCGCGUCGGGAGCUCAUCAACUACCCCUGUACACCCGGACCAGCCUAAGUCCAAGCGUACGAAGAGGACUGUUCAAGUUGCCGAUUAUGUCGAGAUACACGUUCCUCAGAAGAGAGUAGAAAAUGCCUCGACGAACCCUUCAGAGCGAAAACGACGCAGGAAAUUAGAUACUUCAACGACCCAUCACAGACAAGAGUCACCUACAGCUUCAGAGACUCAACUUCGUUUAUGCCAAUCUCCCACUGCAAGCGACUUAGCCAACCAUCAUGUACCACCCAGCCGCUCAGUGUCACCGGAAUUCCCAAAUCAUUACUUGCCGCUAGGAGACUCUAGGCCCGAAAUCCUAUAUACCCCACUAGUAGAAGUAUCUACGGACUCGGACGCGGACAUGCCGGAAGACGAAGACCUAGUCAUCCCAGGAGAGGACAAUAGAGGCAUCAGCUUCGAAGAUGAUGACGACGACGAAAUCGUUCCCGUUCGAGUUCUCAACGAAUUUACAAUAUACCACAGACACACUAAGGAUCUGGUCUCUCUGUCAUCUCUGAACGGAAUGGAUUUCGAAACGGAGUUUCUCGGAGCAACUGGUAUCGUUAAACCUUGGGUUGAACAUGAGGAGGAGAAGGAGGAGGAGGAGGAGGAGGAGGAACUUUAUAAUAGCGAAGAAGACAACGACUUCCCCUCCGUCACACUGUCCCAGAUCCUAGAGUUCGACAUACAUCACUACAGCCUCGAUGAAGAAGGUAGAGGAUCGUUCGACGGAAAGAUUUAUAUACGUACCAACUACGCAUGGUACAUUUUAGACCGCCCAUCACCAAUGUAUAUGCCUUUCUUCAAGUCAUUCUUUAUUCAACAUCGGCUUUGUCAUUUGAUCUUGAGCCGGUUGCUCCUGGACAUUGAACUCAGUACGGAAGAAUUCACCUCAUCAUUGGAACGUAUUCAGGGUCAACAUGACACCGGUCUUGUCCCCAGUGUGCUUUGCAUACUAGGUAGGAAACUGAACGGCCAAGAUCUACAGCGUGAUGCAGUAAAGGCCUAUCUUUCAGUGACGAUACCUCAGGUCUCAUUCCUACACGGACUACACGAAUUUGAAAAAGCGGAAAUCGUUGCCACCACUACGUGCUCUAAAUGGUCGCAAUCCCGACAUAAGCCCUCCUCAGACAGACCGCGACAGAGUCGAUCUACUUCAAACAUGGAAUUACAAGUGUUGAAGCACCAAAAUGACACUGUUGUUACGCCUGUUGUGGAGCGGAUCGUAAGGGACCUGUAUGAUCUGACUUUAGAGGUUGCUGGAACUUCCACGAUGGGAGAGGAAGGGGAAGCUGAAGACGAGGCACUGGCGAAGGAGAUUCAAAAUGUGAUUGAACACCAUGAGGAUCCUCAACGUAUCAAAUGGGGUCAACAAAUUAUGAACUGUGAAAAUUACUAUGAGAGCGUUUAUUUGGAUGGAGAAGUGUAUACGAUAGGUGACGACGUUAUGGUGAGCGUUGGGGAGGACCAAAUCGGCAGUUCGAUUGGCUAUGAAGAUCCCGAAAUGUCGGACGAAGGACAAGAUUUAAGAAAAGAGGAUUCUGUUGUAGGUGUAACUGGGAAAGGCAAUUACUACGCCAAUCAUGUAUGGUUUUGUAAAAUCUCGUACUUCUUCGAGGACUAUAUGGACAUCGAUCCACGCACCAGGAAACCGAUCAAAAAGUUUCACGGCCAGUGGUUCAACCACGGACACAAGACCUAUCUGCAAGAAACCGCGCAUUCUCGCAGUUUGUUCUUACUGCCGAAAUGCGAUGAUAAUCAUGUGGCCACAAUCUUUAGAAGGUGUAAAAUAAAAUUUUUGGCACCUGGAGAGAAUGAGGAUGUUGAUGAUAAAGCCCACAUGGGAGCAGAGUUUCAUUGCGCUUUGAUGUUGGACGAAGUCCAAUGCGCAUUUGUCAACAUACCCAGUGAUGACACUAUGCAGAGACUCUGUGAAUCCCAACCGGACCACAAAAAAUGUCUAGGGUGUGCUCUACAAUGCGAAGUCGAGGAUGAAACCAAGAUUAAGGAAGUGAGCGGUGGUGGAUUUUCGCGAUACGGUGUCGAGUACCAUGUCCAGGACUUUGUAUACGUCAUGAAUGGCGACGAUACCAAUCUUCUGGAAGUUGUACAGAUCCUCGAUAUGAAACGGAAAGGUCACGAAAACGUCUCCGUUUCUGUAAAAUGCUUUUCGAGGCGUGACGAUAUUGUAGAACGUGAAGAGGGACAGCCUGUGGAAGAGAAACGGCUCGUUGGCACACGGAGCAAAAAGCAAAUUGAUUUCGACGAGGUGGAUGGCAAGUGCUUCGUUCGACACCUAUCAAAACCCAAGUCGAUUGAGAAGUGGAUACAAAGCGAUGAUCAUUGGUUCUUCAAUGAGGAGCAAAACGCCGAUGGUAGGAUCGUCCCCAUUUCAGCGGAGAGGAUUCAAGUGUGCGAAUACUGUCUGGUGUCCCGGGAAGAAGAUAUCGACCAGUUCAAGGAAACGUUGAAGCGACGCGGUAAACUACGUGGUCUUGAGCUGUUCAGCGGUGGUGGCGGAUUGGGCACAGGAAUGAACUUUUCUGGGAUUGUGGAUACGCAAUGGGCCGUAGAAUUUUCUCCUUCCUCUGCAAGGACCUAUCAGGCGAAUCAUCCCCAGACCAAGGUCUACUGUCAAGACGUCAAUCUCUUGCUGAAGCAUGUAAUCGAGACUCGAGAGGGUAAAUGUCCUAAACCGCUGCAAUCGAAUCUCAGUGUCAAAGAGUACUGUCCUGAGAUGCCGAAGAAGGGACAGGUUGAUUUUAUAUUCGGAGGGCCCCCGUGUCAAGCGUUUAGUGGCGCGAACCAUUCGCCGAAAGCAAAUGACAUAAGGUCUUCGCUUCCAUGCAACAUGCUCUCCUAUGUAGAAGAGUUUGAACCUGACUACUUUCUUUUGGAGAAUGUGACGGGCUUGCUCCGAUUCCCGCUCAAAUCGAAGAAUGAUGGUAACCGGUUAGUGGGUGGUAUCAAGAUGGGAGUUGUUAAGAUGAUCGUCCGGGUGUUGAUCGCCCUCGGUUAUCAGGUCCGGUUCAAAAUCCUUGAAGCUGGACAGUACGGCGCUCCGCAGAGUCGAAAACGUGUUAUCUUCUGGGGAGCCAAACGUGGACUCAAGCUACCUGAUUUCCCUGCUCCCACGCAUGCGUUCCCCAAAUCAGCAUGGAUGUGGAAGCUUCCUUGUGAGACGGGAAGGUCGUUGCCUCCUGCUACACGAAGUCGGGAUCCAGAUGUUAUCGAGAAUGGGAAGUAUACUUAUGCACCUCUGAAGAACGUCACGGUGUUUGAUGCUAUCAAUGAUUUGCCACCCUUCGAUUGGAUAAAUCCUCAUGCAACGAUGGCAGCAACACAAGCCGAUACAGCCGAAGUACAGGCUCGGUUCGAACAGGGCAUUAUGCAGUGUGAAGCCGUGAGGUCGGGGCACUCUGGUCAAUGGGAUGACUUGCCUGGUUUUCCGAACGGUGUAAAAUACGCAACGCAACCUCUAAAUGCGUAUCAGAAAUGGAUGCGGGAAAAGGUAGGAAAAGGAGAAGAUGUUAAAGGCCAUGUUACGACGCGUUACCUUUCGUCUAUUGUUGAAAGGUUGGUCGAUAAAUACAUUGGAUGAUUGGGAAUGUGCUUAUCUGGGUGCGAUUGCAAAAGCACCGUCAACGUUCCGCUCAAUGUCAAGGCUAAUCAUAAGAAUUUGCCCAUAUGCCUUCGGCCGCCGUGUGCCAGACCUGGCAAGAGGCAUGAAGAUAAAUGUGGGUUUUUCGUUGUCACUUUCUGGCAUCUACAUGCCUCUGAAGCUGUAAAAAAACCCAAACAAAACAGCUUUCUACGCUCGUGGUGACGGUAAUCAGUAUUUCUGUACUGCACUCACAAAAGUGGCACCGAACAUCAAAGGCGUGGUUUCCCUUCAUCCUUCAGUAGGCGUCUUGAUAUUCAACCAGCUAUCCCCCGGUCUCACAAGUGUUCUCUGUUGCAGCAAAAACGUAUCUUCACGGUUCGGGAAACAGCUCGAUCCCAAGGAUUUCCCGACCACUACAUGUUCUGUUCUGAGAAUACAAAGAAUCCCAGUUUGAUGGUGCAGGAUGCGAGUGUUUCCGUCUUGCUAUAUAUCGUUCCGGGGUAAUGACUUGACUGCUUCCUACAGAUGCAUCGCCAAAUUGGGAACGCAGUUCCGGUACCUUUGGCAAGAGCCCUGGGAAAGGCGUUGGGAGAAGCACUUAAAGUGAAUUGGGAGACGGAGGAGCGGGAGGGUAGUCCUGUUCAUUGAUAGGUAUUAGGUUCGGGUGCCGUGUGUUAGUGAUAUUCGGGGCGACUGAUACACUAGAGUAAAUCCAGUAAAUGUCGGAGAGAAUGUAUGUAGAUGUAGAGAGAGAGGAAUAGGUGUAGACGC